GGCUUAGCCGCCCUCGCAGUUAGCGCGCUUGGAGAGAAGCUGCUACGCCCGGGACGGGAGCGGAGCUGCGCAGGAAACAAUGGCAGGCUCGGCGUUGGCGAUUCGGGCUCGGCUCGGCGCAUGGGGUGUGAGGGUCCUGCAAACUCGAGGCUUCGGCUCCGACUCGUCGGAGAGCAUGGACACUGGCGCUGGCUCCAUCCGAGAAGCUGGUGGGGCCUUCGGAAAGAGAGAGAAGGCUGAAGAGGAUCGGUACUUCCGAGAGAAGACAAGAGAACAACUGGCUGCCCUGAAGAAACACCACGAGGACGAGAUCGAGCACCACGAGCAGGAGAUUGAGCGUCUGCAGAAACAAAUUGAGCGUCAUAGGAAGAAGAUGAAAAGCCUGAAACAUAACAAUCACUAAAUGCAUACAGUCCCCCACAGAAUGGCCCCGUAUCGUUCCUCACGUCUAUAGAGACAUAGUUCCGAGUGAUUAAUAUUUGGUCUGUGUGCUACUAACAGAUAAUAAACUAUCACCAGUAA